AUGGAAAAUGAACAAUUCAACCCCCUGUCAUUAUUAGACAAAAAUCAGCCAUUUGAUGCUGAUAAGUUGAAAUUGUUAGAUAAUAUAGUUGAGGCUCUUUUAGAUACAAAAGAUAAAAAUAGAAGAGAUUUCGCUCAAAAUUUACUAAACCAAUUUAAAAUGUUAGAUAAUUCAUGGAGAUCUGUUUCAGUUAUAUUAGAUCAUAGUGAAAAUGUGAAUACGAAAUUUUAUGGUUUGCAAAUAUUAGAAGAAUGUAUAAAUAAUAAAUGGAAUAUUUUACCAGAAGAAGAAAGAGAAGGGAUGAAAAAUUUUAUUGCGUGUUAUACAAUUACUAUGUCAACAGAAGGAACCACAAUUGGAAUUGAUAGACACUUAUUAAAUAAAUUAGAUGAAACUUUGAUACAAAUUGUUAAAAAAGAAUGGCCAGAUUCUUGGUCAAGUUUUAUACCAGAUAUUGUAAAUUCAGCAAAAUUAAAUCAGAAUGUUUGUGAGAAUAAUAUGAAAUUAUUAAAUAUGUUAAGUGAAGAAGUUUUUGAAUUUGGAAAUGAAACGUUAGUACAAAAAAAAAAAGAAAAAUUACGAAAUGAAUAUGCUAGUCAAUUCCAAAAAGUAUAUGAUUUAUGUUUAUAUAUAUUAGAAGCUAAUAUAUGUAAUAAAAGAAGUACAAAUAGUUCAUUGAUUAAACAAACAUUAAUUUGUUUAUCUAAUUUUUUUAAAUGGAUACCUUUAUCAUAUAUAUUUGAAAAAUAUAAAUUUAAUAAUAAUGAUGUUCAAAUUAUAGAUUUAUUAUUUGAUCAUUUUUGGGAUGAUAUAUCAUAUAAAAUAGAAUGUGUAAAAUGUAUACAAGAAAUCGUUAUGUUAAAAAUGGAUGAAAAAAAUUUAUUAUAUUAUGAAAAUGUAUUUAUAAAUUUAUGGACCAAAUUAGUAAAUAAAAUAAAAUAUUUACCUAAUGUUAAUGAAAUGAAAAAUAUUCCUCCUGAAUUUAAAAUAUUUUGGGAACAAUAUUAUUUACAAAUAUCUAUUUGUUUAACAAAUUUUUUGAAAAAUUAUAGAGAAACUAUUAUUGAAAAAAAUAAUAACACUAAUGAUAUUAAUGCUGUUUUUAAAUUUUUGCAUAUGUUAUCAAAUAGUAAUAUGGAUGAAGUUUUUUUAAUAAUAGUUGAUUAUUACAACGUUUUUACUGAACAGUUAAUAAGAGAAUUGAUAGGAAGGUUGGAAGAAGAAAAUAGUAUAAAAAAUAAAUGUAUAAAUUCAAAUAAUAAUAUUCAAACAAAUUUAACAAAUGGUAUGAAUAACAAUUCUGGGUUUAAUAUAGGGUUAGAAAGCGGUGGUUUAAAUAAUCGAAAAGUUUAUAGUUUUGCUACAAUGCAUAGUUUAGGAAUUGGAAAUAAUAAUGUUGGUAAUGAAAAUAGUAUUAUAAAUAUAAAUGAAUAUUCAUCUAUUUUAGAUAAAAUUGAUUUAACACAAUCUGAUAUUAAAAAAAUAUGUCCAAGAAUAAAAUUAUAUGAAUUUAUAUUAAAUGAUAUUCGAAGAACUAUUAUUGAAAAAAUGGCUAAACCCCAAGAAAUAUAUAUUUCUUAUGAUAAUGAAACAGGAGAAGUAGUAAGAGAUUUUGAACCGGAUACGACUGAAAUAUCUUUAUAUAAUACAAUGAAAACUACAUUAGUAUAUUUAACUUAUUUAGGAUCUGAAAAAACAAUAGAAUUAAUUGUAGAACUUUUAAAUAAAGAAUCUGAAAAAUCAUUAAAAAAUACAAAUAAAAAUGAACAAUGGAAUAGUACAAAAACAAACAGAAUUAGUUAUGCUGUUGGGUCUAUAUCAAUGUGUAUGACUCUAAAAAAAGAACAAGAUUUUUUAAUGUACAUUUUGAGAAUUUAUUUACAUAUGAUAGAAGUUAAAAAUGGAGAAGAAAAUAGAGCUAUACUUGCUUCAUGUGUUAUGUAUAUAGUUAGUCAAUAUCAUCGUUUUUUAAAAUUACAUUGGAGAUUUUUAAAAACUGUUAUGAAAAAAUUAUUUGAAUUUGCAGAAAAUGAAAAAGUACAAGAUAUGGCAGCUGAAACGAUAUUAAAAAUAUGUAAACAAUGUAAAAAUGUGAUUGCAAAAAAUAAUAAUAGUACAGAUAGUAAUGGUAAUAAUGUUGAGUCUUUUUUUAGUAUUUUUAUAAAAUUUCAUAAUAAUAUAAUGCACAAAUUACCUGAAAAAUUAAAUUUAUUAUUAUAUGAAGCUAUUGCACAUGUUAUUUCAUGUUUUCCAUAUGAUGAAAAACAAGAGAGUAUCAAAAUUCUUAUGAACAAGUUAAUGUCUUUAUGGAACGAUUUGAUAUAUUCAAAUAAUAAUUUAAAAAAUAUAAAUGCAUUAAAUAAUGGUGGUAGUGGUAAUAUUAUGGAUGCUGAUUUUAAGAAUUUAGAACAUUUAUGUAAUUAUGAAAAUUCAAAAUUAAUUAUAACAUUUGUAAGAGUUAAUUGUCGUUUGGCAUAUGCAUUAUCUUAUUUUUAUUAUGAACAAUUAAAUUUAGUUUUUUUUGAUUUUUUAAAAAUAUAUCAAUUAUAUAGUAAAUAUAUUAAUAUGGAAGUUGAAGCAAAUGGUACAAAACGAAUAAAGCAUGCACAAUUUCGAAAUUUAUUUUUAAUGAAAAGAGAAUUUUUACAUUUAAUAGAAACAACUAUUGAAAGAAGUUGUUAUAAUAUUCAAGAAUUAGAAGAAGCUUUAUUAAAAAGAGAACAAAAAAAAAUGAAAAAUGAAAUUGAUGAAUCUAUAGAUGUACAUCUACCAACUGUUGAAGAAGCUAAACAAAUAAAUUUUCAAAUGACUAGUAAUAUAUUAAAUGUUUUAUUAGAAACUAUUUUAGUUGAUUAUAGAGAUAGUAAUCCUCAUAUUAAAGAUGCUGAAGUAUUUUCUUUAUUAUCAACUGUUUUUAAAAAAAUAGAAAAUGUUACAUGCCCUAUUUUACCAACUGUAUUAAAUUAUGUAUUAUUACCAACUAUAGAUAUGAUAAAAAAUGAUUUUUCUUCAUAUCCUGAGCAUAGAGAAAAAUUUUAUAAUUUUUUAGAUGCAUGUGUUAGACAUUGUUUUGAUUAUUUAUUUACAUUAGAUUCAGAAAUAUUUAAUACAUUUAUACAAUCUUUAUUAUGGGCUAUAAAACAUGAGCAUCCAUCAGUUGCAGAUCAUGGAUUAAAAAUUACACAUCAAUUUCUUCAUAAUGUGAUUGUAAAAAAAAAAGAAUAUUUAGAUGAAUUUUGUAAAGCUUUUUAUUAUAUUAUAUUAAAUGAAGUAUUCAAAACAUUAACAGAUUCUUUUCACAAAUCUGGUUUUCAUUACCAAACAAUUAUAUUAAUGAAUUUAUUAAGAUUAUUAGAAUUUGAGGUUAUAAAUAUUCCAGAGGCAGAAAUUACUAAGCCACAUAUAAUAAAGCAUGUUCAAACUUUUUUAACCCAAUCUUUUGAAAAUCUGAAUCAAAAGCAAAUUGAAACUUUUUCAGUGGACAUGUUUAACUUUUGUGUCGAAUCUCCUCUCACAUUCAGAUCCUUUGUGCGCGAUUUGCUAAUAUCGUUGAAGGAAUUUUCUACAAACCAAGACGAACUGUAUGAAGCUGACAGACAAGAAGCUUUACAGAGAGCAAAGAUGGCAGAAGACAACAAACUGAUAAAGUUGAGAGGAUUAAUGAAAGAAGACGUACCAUCAUUUUCGGCCAUUGAUGUAGAUGAUGAAUGUAUAAAUGUGGAAUAA